AUGUUUAUCAAUAGAGGAUGGCUGAAAAUAUCCAUUUGCCUAUUUCUUGGCUACCUUUUUUAUUUAAAAACCAACCGAGAGGAAGAGACACAAGCAGGAGAAAGGAUCGAAAGUGUUAUCAACUAUGAAGGUGAUUUUUUUGUCAAUACAUCGGGAUGUCAAAUACAUUCCAUGAAACCCUUUGUGGACUCUGCUGUGACCUAUAUGAUGGAACCAUUUGGCCCAUUUUCCUGUCCAAAACUCCAGCUCAUGAGGGCCGAGACCAUAGAUGGUAGAAACUACAUAGUACGAUCCAUUCCAGACUCAGGGUACUUUCGAAACCUGGUUUUAAAGCAGAGGCAUCUUUAUUGCAUGUAUCGUGAAUUUAUUCGGGAAGACGAUUUUGCCAACAUAUAUAUCUCAUUAAAGUUUUUAAGACUAAAGAACCAUUUCGAGCGCGUUGAUAUUGGAUCUGGGGAACAGAACCUACGGAUCUGGUGCUGGGUGGACUUUGGCAGGCUCAUUUUUCACGACGUACUCUUUUUUGUGGCGCCUCCCGAACCCGAGUUGGAAUCUAGUACACCUGCUCAAUUGGAAUCUAAACUGUCAGUCAUGAUCAUGGGAGUAGACUCCAUAUCCCACAUGCACUACCUUCGCUUCUUCCAUCAAGUGGCCGACUUCAUGGAGCGCCUGCCCCACACAGAGUUCUGGGGCUACCAUCGUGUCGGGAAGAAUACCUAUCCCAACCUGAUGCCGCUCUUAAGUGGCAAUACAACCGACGACCUUGAGGCUGCUUGCUACAACAAUUUUGAGAACUACGACACUUGUCAUUUUUUGUGGGACGACUUCAAAGCUGCAGGAUACUCAACCGCCUUCGCCGAGGACACCGAUAUGUACGCGUUGUUUACUUAUCUGAAGAGUGGUUUCAAAAAGCAAAUCACCGACUACUACUUUCGCUAUAUAUUGCGAGAGUCAGAACUAAACUGUUUAUAUCGAACAACAUUGGAUUUUAGAUGCACAGGAGGUCGAUUUUAUGAGAAGCAGUACUAUGAGUUCAUUUAUAAGCUCUUGCCUCACAUGCGACAACGGCCCUUCUUCUCGUUCUUGUGGAAGAUGCAGGGCAUUCAUGACCAUUUCAACUUUGCCAAGUUUGUGGACAAGGACUUUCUGGACAUAUUUCGGAAGAUACAAGAGCAAGGCAUCAUGGAGCACACUCUGAUCCUGUUUAUGAGCGAUCAUGGCCUUAGAGUUGAGGGCUUUGCGCAAACAUUUUUGGGCCAACGCGAGAUGUCGCAGCCCCUUCUUAUUGCGAUUUAUCCCGAAUGGAUGAUGGAAAGGUAUCCCCUGGCCAUGCAAAAUCUUCACAAAAAUGCCAGGAGCUUGGUAACAACCUUUGACCUUCAUGAGACCCUCAAAGAUAUACUCCACUUGGAUCAAAUCACCGAUGAAAGUAUCAUAAACCGAACAAAGAAUCUGCCAGAGACCCAAAGGGGGAUCAGUCUCUUUUUACCGAUUCCUGAUGUCAGAAACUGCAGCAUCGCCGGAAUUCCGGAACACUACUGCCUCUGCGGGGAACUAACCAUUAUUUCAACUGAAAAAAUGUCGGUCCAACUGGCUGCCAGGUUCGCAGUGACCAAAAUCAACGAACUGAUCAAGCCCUAUCCCCAGUGUAAGCAGUUGCGGUUGAAGGAAGUCACCGACGCCUAUGGAACAUCAAAAAACGAUAUUUUACAGAUUCUUGUCCGGUUCAGGACGCUACCUGGUAAUGGAUGCUUUGAUGCCACAAUACUUGAAACAACUCUUGGGCUAUCCGGAGGAAGAAAUCUGUCUCUGGGCGGUCCGGUUACAAGAACCGACAAAUAUGGUCAUCAAUCUUUUUGUGUUCAGAACUUUCACAUUGAAAUGUAUUGUUAUUGCCUCUAA